AUGAGCGACGGAACUAGGGGAACAAGGGGAGCUUCUAGCUUGAGAGUGCCUGCAGUAGAGGACCCGAGAGUAGAUGGAGUUCUUAGAGCCCUGGAGGAAAUUGAGGCUGCUGUGGCCGCUGCCAAUGUGGCAAAUGGGAAUAACCAUGGAGGAGGAAACGGGAACGGGAAUCGCCCGAUGAGUCAUCUGGUGGAACAAUUUCUGAAACCGAAACCAGCUCGGUUUGAUGGUGCUGGAGAUCCAGAGAUGGCACCUCGUUGGAUUGAGAAACUGGAGAAGGCCUUUGAGGUUCUUGGGUGCACCGAUGAGGAGAAGGUGACCCUAGCGGCUUACCGGUUAGAGGGUACCGCAGAUAAUUGGUGGAAGGCCACCAGAGGAAGGAUAUUUCCCGAGGGCGCUGCUCUCACUUGGAUUGCCUUUACUGAGGCAUUUAACGGGAAGUAUUUCUCGGAGACCGCUCAAGAGCGGAAGUUGGUAGAGUUCCAACAACUUCGCGAGAACCGGUUAACGAUCGACCAAUAUGAGGCGCGAUUCGCUAGAUUGUCAAGGUACGCGCCGAGGAUGGUGGAGAACCCAAUAGACAAGGCGCGAAGAUUUCGGGAUGGACUGAGACCGACCUUCACGGUCAGAUGA